AUGAACGACCGACUGAUGAGCCUGCGUCCUCCUCUUCGGGGAUCCAAAUUCGCCACCAUCAUCAGCUCCUACGCCCCGCCAAUUAUCGGUUCCGGCAAGAGGAAGGUUGAGUUCUACGAAAACGUGCACAUCCUCCUGUCACCUGUGACGAAGAUGGACAAGUUGGUCGUCCAUGACGACUUUGCUGUCAGCGUCGGGACAGACUGCGCUGCCUGA